AUAAUGUAUGUAUCUUUUUAUAAUCUUGUAUUUUUUUAUAAUCUUGUAUCUUUUUAUAAUCUUGUAUCAUUUAUAACCUUGUAUCUUUUUAUAAUUCUGUAUCUUUUUAUAAUGCAUGUAUCUUUUUAUAAUCUUGUAUCUUUUUAUAAUCUUGUAUCUUUUUAUAAUCUUGUAUCUUUUUAUAAU